AUGGAAACGGGGCACACCCGAUUUUUAGACUCGCUUGCUUACAUGCCUAUGGCUCUCGCGGCGCUGCCCAAAGCCUUCGGGCUCCCCGUAGAAACACGCAAGGGACUUUUUCCCCAUUUAUUCAAUACGCCGGCGAAUCGCGGCUACGUUGGCCCGCUACCAUCGGCCGAAUAUUAUUCGCCGGACAGCAUGGGGACCGCGGAACGAACAGCAUUCCACGCGUGGUACAACGAGGCUGUGGAAAGUAACUAUGUAUUCGAGUUCGACAAGGAGUUGAUCGAUUAUUGCCGAAGCGACGUUGACAUUCUUCGAAGAGCCUGUUCGGCGUUCAGAGAUAUUUUUCUCACGCAGGGGGGUGUCUGUCCGUUCUCGCAAAGCACCACCAUCGCGUCUGCGUGUUCGGUGCUAUUUCGGCAGAAUUUUCUGCAAGACACUACCAUCGGGAUUAUACCGUCUCGCGGGUAUCGGAUGACCGACAAUCAGUCCACCAAGGCGGUCGAGUGGCUCGUCUGCAAAGAACGCGAAAUCGGUAUAGAGAUAAUGCACGCGGGUCGCUGCAGGGAGUAUCGUAUCCCGGAAACGGGUCGCCCUGUGGACGGUUACUACGUGACCGAGGAUGGUACCAGACACGUGCUCGAAUUUCAGGGGUGUUACUGGCACGGAUGCCGAAAUUGUUUCACAGCGAAUCGCGACGAAGAACUGGUAGCUAAAGAUUGCAUGAAUAAGCGCUUUGAGGAAACCCGCGCGAAGACCGUCAGAAUGCGUGCGCUCGGUUACGUCGUGACGGAGAUGUGGGAGUGCGUUUUCGCCGAGAUGCUGAAGAACGACGCGGAACUGCGAGCGUACGUGGAGCAACACCCGUUGAUCGUCGCGAGAAACGAAAAGUGUUUAAAUCCUCGCGAUGCGUUCUUCGGCGGUCGUACGAACAACACGAAACGGUUCUACGAGGUUGCCGAGGGGGAGCGAAUUCGCUAUGUGGAUGUUUGCUCCCUGUAUCCGUGGGUAUGCAAAAACGGGCGGUACCCCGUUGGACAUCCCAAGGUGCACGUGGGGGAUUCCUGUAAGACGUUGACAGGGCCCGACAACGCGAAUCUAGACGCGGUAGAGGGCCUUGUGAAAUGCGUCGUGCUUCCGCCGCGAAAUCUCUACCACCCGUUGCUGCCGGUCCGCAUGCACGGCAAAUUGAUGUUCCCGUUGUGUCGCACGUGUUGCGAGAAUUCGACACCCGACGAUUGCCCGCAUGCGAACGAAGCCGACCGCUGGUUGAGCGGUACAUGGGUGUCGGACGAAUUGAAAAAAGCGAUCACCCUGGGGUACAGAAUUGUCGAUGUCAGCGAAAUAUGGCAAUACGAUAUCACUUCGUACGAUCCCGCGACGAAGCAAGGCGGUUUGUUCGCCGGAUACAUAGACACGUUUCUGAAGUUGAAGCAGGAGGCCAGCGGCUGGCCGGCGGAAUGCGAUGACGAGACAUCUCGCCAACGCUACGUAGAGGAAUACGAGCGCGUCGAGGGGAUCCGCCUGGACGGGUCCAAGAUAGCUAAAAACGCUGGGCUGCGUUCGGUGGCGAAACUUUGCCUGAAUUCGUUCUGGGGUAAAUUCGGGCAGCGCGAUCAUUUACCGCGUACAGAGGUGAUCAACGAGCGGUAG